GUGACACCCAACGUCUCAAAGGGAAGCGCGCGUGACGGAACGAAGGCCAAGCCGGCAGCCAUUUUUGUUUAGCUGACAGACGAUGCGGCGGAGCUUUCUCCCCGCUAUCUUUUCUCUCCCGGCGCUGCUGUAUAUGUUGCUGACUGACGCCCAGCUCGAGGAGAACUCAACCGUGGAAUGUGGAAUAAGACCUAUUUUUGGUCGAGGAACAGGGCCUCGGAUUGUAGGUGGAUAUGAUGCUUUGCCUGGAGCAUGGCCCUGGCAAGUUAGUCUUCAGCUUUAUGAAAUUGGCCUAGGAUAUAUCCAUCUAUGUGGUGCAUCAUUAAUUACCAACAACACAGUGGUGACAGCAGCACACUGCACAAGAUCAUCAAUGAACCCAGCCCUUUGGAGGGUUGUGCUUGGCUUGCAUCAUCUUCAUAAACACAGCUCUCAUACUAUAAUGCGCCGGGUGAAAAAUAUAACAGUUCAUGCUAGUUAUAAUAUGGAGACCUAUGAAAAUGAUGUUGCCUUGUUUACGUUUGUAAGGCCUAUCAGAUACAAUGCGUAUAUUCAACCUAUCUGCAUACCUGAAAAUGUUUUGAUUAGACCUGAAUACCCAUGUUACAUUGCUGGAUGGGGACGCGCAAGGGAGAAAGGUAAGGGAAAACUUAUAUUACAAGAAGCUCAAGUAGAGAUUAUUCCACUGAGUACAUGUAAUCGAUAUAACUGGUAUGGAGGAAGAAUAACAUGGAAUAUGGUUUGUGCUGGCACAGAAAGUGGGAAGGUUGAUAGUUGCCAGGGAGACAGCGGUGGACCUCUGAUGUGCUACAUUCCAUCUGCUGCCAGGUUUUAUCUGGUAGGAAUCACAAGCUUUGGGUAUGGUUGUGGUCGACCAAGAUAUCCAGGCGUCUAUGUUCGUACAGUCAAUUACAGAAGCUGGAUAGUUUUUAAUGUACGUAGUAAAGCUACUGCUGUGAGCUUCCAGUGUUUCUUAACAAUGUGGUGGGUAAUCUUCCAUAUCCUGUGAAGGUGCAAACUUCCCAUCCGUGAUCUUGGAUUCCCCUUGAGACUUAUUGCUUCCUCUUGGAAACACGUAUCAUUCAAAAGAAACAUUAUUUUUCACAAUCAACAGAUACUAUUUCCUCUCUAAUCCUGGAGUUGCAUUCAAAAAUAUAUUUCCGUUGUAAUUUAAAAGGCUAAUCCCAACAGAGACUUAACGGGUUUACAUGUGUAAACUUUACGGAUGUAAAUAAAGAGAAUCAUAUUUUUUCAAAACAGAUUGAAACAUGUAAAUGACCAUGACUUUUAAAAACACACUGAAAAUGGUAAGUAGCAUAUGAUAGGAAUGGCUGUCCAUUCGGAGUAUACUACUGAUUAUUAAUAGAAUUCAGACAAUACUGUUUGAUAUAUGUAUGUGUAAAUGAUAUAAAUGACACUGUACUUAAAAAUAGAAUUUAUAAAAUAAAACGAUUUGCAAUUUUAAA